AUUCGUGUUGUCUCCCCCAACCAAGAGCCCGCCCGUUGUUUGUAGCUUUCUUCACCCAAACAGGCCCUUAUAAAUCUCUCUCCCAUUUCUCUCCUCUUUCUCCAACUCUCUCUCUCUCUCUCUCUCGUUGUUCCUUCAAUUCUAGCUAAGCCGACCCAAUUAGCUGCUAACUGUUCAUUUUUGGUGAAUUUGGUCGCCAUUGAUGGAUACUAAGAUCGGACCAGUCGACACCUGCAAGGCCAUCUGCAGCGACGUCGGCUGCCUGCCCCAGAACGGCGGCGUCUGUGCCAUCCAGAACACCGCCCCGGUGCCGCUCAUCAACUGCGCUGAGUCCACGCUGGGCCGCCACCUGGCGCGCCGUCUCGUGGAGAUCGGCGCCAACGACGUCUUCUCGGUCCCCGGCGACUUCAACCUCACGCUGCUCGACCACCUCAUCGCCGAGCCGGAGCUCAACCUCGUCGGCUGCUGCAACGAGCUCAACGCAGGCUACGCCGCCGACGGUUAUGCCCGCUCACGCGGCGUCGGCGCCUGCGUCGUCACCUUCACCGUCGGUGGCCUCAGCGUCCUCAACGCCAUCGCCGGUGCCUACAGCGAGAACCUCCCCGUCAUUUGCAUCGUCGGCGGCCCCAACUCCAACGACUACGGCACCAACCGGAUUCUGCACCAUACCAUCGGCCUCCCAGAUUUCAGCCAAGAGCUCCGCUGCUUCCAGACCGUCACCUGCUUUCAGGCUGUGGUGAAUAACUUGGAAGAUGCACACGAACUCAUCGAUACCGCCAUUUCAACCGCACUGAAAGAAAGCAAGCCUGUCUAUAUAAGUAUAAGCUGUAACUUGCCGGGGAUUCCUCAUCCCACUUUCAGCCGGGAGCCAGUCAAGUUUUCCCUCUCUCCACGAUUGACUAAUCAGAUGGGUUUGGAAGCGGCGGUGGAGGCGGCGGCGGAGUUCCUGAACAAGGCAGUGAAGCCCGUGAUGGUAGCGGGGCCGAAGCUGCGGGUGGCUAAGGCAGGCGACGCCUUCGUGGAGCUCGCCGAGGCGUGCGGCUACGCGAUGGCGGUGAUGCCGUCAGCGAAAGGACUCGUCCCGGAGCACUACCCGCGCUUCAUCGGCACCUACUGGGGCGCCAUCAGCACCGCCUUCUGCGCCGAGAUCGUCGAGUCUGCCGAUGCCUACCUCUUCGCCGGUCCAAUCUUCAAUGACUACAGCUCCGUCGGCUACUCACUGCUGCUCAAGAAGGAGAAAGCCAUCAUCGUCCAGCCGGAUCGGGUGGUGAUCGCCAACGGCCCGGCGUACGGCUGCAUUCUGAUGAGGGAUUUCUUGAAGGCUCUGGCGAAGCGGCUGAAAUGCAACACCACAGCCUACGAGAAUUAUCACCGGAUCUACGUGCCGGAGGGGUGCCCACCGAAGUGCCAGCCGAACGAGCCGCUGAGAGUGAACGUUCUGUUUCAGUAUAUUCAGAGGAUGCUUUCCGGCGACACCGCCGUGAUUGCUGAAACAGGGGAUUCAUGGUUCAAUUGCCAAAAGCUGAAGCUGCCGAAGGGAUGUGGAUAUGAGUUCCAGAUGCAGUAUGGAUCGAUUGGUUGGUCGGUGGGUGCCACUCUUGGAUACGCCCAGGCUGCCAAGGACAAGCGAGUGAUUGCUUGCAUUGGCGAUGGCAGCUUCCAGGUGACGGCGCAGGAAAUAUCAACAAUGCUGAGAUGCGGGCAGAGGACCAUCAUCUUCCUGAUAAACAACGGUGGGUACACCAUAGAAGUUGAGAUUCACGACGGUCCUUACAAUGUGAUCAAGAACUGGAACUACACCGGCCUCGUGGACGCCAUUCACAAUGGCGAGGGCAAGUGCUGGACCACAAAGGUAUGCACCGAGGAAGACUUGGUAGAAGCCAUAGAGACGGCAACGGGGGCCAAGAAAGACUGCUUGUGCAUCAUAGAGGUGAUAGUUCACAAGGAUGACACGAGCAAAGAGCUGCUUGAAUGGGGGUCUAGGGUUUCUGCUGCCAAUAGCCGCCCCCCCAAUCCUCAGUAAAUUGAAUAAUAAUAACAACAAUAAUAGUAAUAAUAAUAUUCUUGAUUUGUUACCAUGGACGUUGGGGUGGAGGUGGAGAUGGAGAUGGAGAUGGUUGCUGCUGCUGCUGCUGGGUUUUUGUUAAUUGUCUUCUUGCGGGCGGGUACCUGCGUGAAGGUUGUAGUGCGUAUUUGAGCUCCUUAUUAUAUACAUACAUAUAGAAGAGAGUAUGAUGGUGUUGCUUUGCUUACUGAGUCUGUAUUUUAUUUCACCGCUUUCUCAAUGUUAAAUCAAUCUUAAUGUAUUCGCCCCCUGGGAAUUUAUGGGUUUAUUUUAUUGGGGGUGGACUUCACUGGCA